AUGAAAUUGAACCUUGUUGGAGUAACAGCCACAACCAUGGCUGUUCCUUCGUUGAUGUUGACAACAACGAGAAGAAAACCUAUAUGCUUGUGUGUUUCUUCAACCACCAUCAACACAGAAGACCUCCGUUCUCAACUUGAUCAACUUCAUGCGGAAGCACACACCACAAGAACCAAAGCAAAUAGUGCUAGAUUGAGGCUAUUAAGAUUAUCAGAAUCAGCUGAGAAGCUUCAAAAACAAGCAGCUAUAAGUAUCCAGAAGGGGGAUGAAGAUUAUGCAAGGGACACGCUUCUUCAGAGGAAACAAGUGUUGCAGGCUUUGGAAAAAUCUAAAAUCCGCAUUGAGUUGCUUGACGAGCUUUCCGCAAAGCUAAGUGAGGCAAUAUCUUUGAAAGAAAGUCAGCUAAUUGGAAAUGUGACGAUGAACAUUGAAGACACAACACAAGAUGAUUCGAGUCCGGUUCGAAUCAUUGCUCCAAAGGAGGAAGUUCUAGAAGAUUCUCUCAACGAUGAUUCUGACUCUGGUAAGAUGAAGUUCAAUGAUAUCCAAGAUGUGAAAAUUUCUUUGGAAAGUCAAGAGAAUCCACUGGACGAUAAGGAGAUAGAUAAUCUUCUUAAAUCCCUUAGCACCGAUACUGGGAAUGAAAACAGCGUAUCCAGCAGCUUGUCGAAAAUAUCCUCUUACGAGGACUUCAUUGAACAUAUAGAUCAAAAGCUUAGUGAGAUUGAAAGUGAACUAGUUUCUGUUUUGAAUGUCUCGAUUUUAGUAUUGGAUAAAGAAGAGAGACCAAAGAAUUUCAGGUGGCAACAAACAACGGAACUCCUUGAGAGCAUCCAUGGCAUUAGACUGAGAAUCAGAAAUGCCAAGGAAGCAAAAGUGAGGAUCUGA